AUCGCUACAUCUGUGCACAUUCACCCAAACUCUGCGUCAGUCGGACUGGUUUAAGGGAAAGCGCAAAAAACGUUAUGUACCGGACAGAGAGCCACUAUUUAGUUACUGUAGUAUGAAAUAAGCGGAAACAGGGAAACAGUUAUUGUUUUCACUCAUCUUAAUCCGAACAAACCGGUCGGAUUACGUAUAUAACUCAUUCCGGAGUCUCAGUAUCCGGGUAGACAGCGAGGAGACAGCUGUCAAUGUAACCGAGGAAAUUGUACGGUUUAUGAGAUAGAAGCCACGGCUUGGAGAUUCAACAUACAGUGCGCACAUUCGUAAGGGAGAAAUAUAUCCAAAAAGCCGUGUGCCUCUGAGGACCAAAGAGAUACAUAAACUAAACAAUGGCUAAGGAUAAGAACAAGAGGUCUUCUGGCGAGAUGAUGGCCAGCUUCAAAGAGUUCAUCUGGAAUCCACGGACGCGCGAGUUUCUCGGCAGGACGGCUAGCAGCUGGGGUCUGAUUCUGCUCUUUUACUUGGUCUUCUACGUCGCCUUGGCAGGCCUGUUUGCCCUCACUAUGUAUGUCAUGCUGCAGACCCUGGAUGACUACAAACCCACCUACCAGGACAGGUUGGCUAUUCCAGGCUUGAUGAUCAGGCCAAAGCUUGAAGCGCUGGAGAUUGUUUACAACAUCGAGGACACAGAGAGCUGGGACGUGUAUGUCCAGGCCCUGGAUGAGUUCCUCGCCCCUUACAACAACUCCCAGCAGGUGAUGACAAACUACGAGUGCCUCCCGGACAGGUACUUUGUGCAGGAGGACAGCGGUGAGGUGAGGAACAACCCCAAGCGCUCCUGCCAGUUCAACCGCACCGUGCUGGAGGACUGCUCCGGCCUUGAUGACCGUUACUACGGAUACCUGGACGGCAAGCCCUGCAUCCUCAUCAAGCUCAACCGGGUGAUUGGAAUGUUACCUGGGAAAGAUGGCCAAUCUCCGUUCGUCAGCUGCGGGGCCAAGAGAGAGGACAGUGACAAAAUCGGAGAGCUGAUGUAUUUCCCUCCCAACGGCACCCUCAACCUCAUGUACUACCCCUACUACGGCAAGAAGGCACAGGUGAACUACUCCCAGCCGCUGGUGGCUGUCAAGUUUCUCAACGUCACAGUGAAUGAAGACAUCAAUGUGGAGUGCAAGAUCAAUGCGGACAACAUGGAGUCCACCGGGAACGAGCGAGACAAGUUCGCAGGACGAGUGUCUUUCAGACUAAGAAUCAACAAAAGAGAAUAACUCUCUGUCACACAUGUGCACACACUGGUACAUGCACGUUCACACCCACACACACACUCACACACACACACACUCACCACAUGCCAGCAUUAGAUAAGGAGCAGUGUAGAGACGAAGAUUCACACUUCUAUGCAGAAGUGGUGUGUUGAUUUUUUUCCGGCUGAGUAUUGGAAAGGUAACACUGAGUAGGGGGUCCGACUCGUUCUUUUGGGGGACAGAAGGGUGGACCUCCGGAGGGGGGGAAUGUUGGGGUCAGGGGCAUUGAGACAAAUAUUUUUGUAUAGCAGUUUGACUUGAAACCUGUUUAUAAGUAUGACUGUACAACACAAACCUGUAUGAUGUAAUUCUUCAAAAGGUCUGAUAAAAAUGUAUGACCUGGACCACUCAUUGGCUCCUCAUUCCAGCCCCCAUGUCUUUCAGUUUUGCACACACACACAUACACACAGACAAGCUAUGAAAUACCACAGGUGUGUAUGUACUCUCCUUUCUCUUACAUAAUUAUGAGUCUUGUUUUUUGUGUUAGUGAUAACCCUAUGGCCUAAUGCAGUUACAUGCUGUGGAGCUAGAUCCGCAAGCACAGCCAUAUUUGCAUGCAGAGUGACUUCUAUGUGGUAAAAGGCAUACGUGCCAUGCCCUCCAAAUUUAGCACCCCCUCUGUGCUCUGCCCACUUUGUCCCACCCACCCCUCCCAACCCCAUUGUGCAGGGAAAGGUUACUGCCAUUUUGAAAUGAUCUCAUGCCAAUGGGCACUAAGAGGAGCCAGACAUUAGAAUGCAUGUAACAUCUCAUGCACAUGUGGCUAAAAGGUACCAGCAGCAGCAGACUUAUGCUUGAUUGGCCUUUUUAUAUUACCUGAUUGGUUGAGCUCUUCGUGCGUGAGUGUGUGUGCGCCCUUCACUUGAGAGCCAAACUGGAAAUUUGAAUAGAUUGUGGUUUAUGAAUGUUCUGUGUGUAUCAGUUCAAUGUGAUAUGUAGUCACAGUAACUGGGACUUAAAUAACUCCUACACUCAGCACAUUACUGCCACCUACAACCUGAUACAUCCCUCACCCGCCAUCCACCACCUCACACUGUCAAAUCCCAAUAAUAUGUCCAAAAGAACAUAUUUCUGUACUACGGAUCUGUAAUGUGCAUAUUUCCUUUUCCUGUACACAGGCACGUUCAGAAACUGCACUGACUCAUUCCCACAGAGCAUGUGUUCAUGUAUGUAUUUAUUUCUACAGACAUUUCAUACAUUUCAGGGGUUCAUACAGAGGACAUAUUGGCAGCAGAACCUUGACCUGUUUAAUAUGUGCAUUAUAUGCAUGUGUGGGAUAUGUCAUGAUAUUCUGUAUUGAUCUAAGUGAAUUUGAUUGAACACAGUGAGAAAUCGGCUUGAGAUAAUGAGGAAAUGCAGAGAAGGUUUUGCUUACUGUUUAUGUAGUCAUAAUCAUGUCCAUAUUGAUAUUUGUGAGGAAGAAUUGCAUACAAGCCUUCCUACAGCAUCUGUUUUUA